GAAACCACCAACGCAUAUGAAAUGCUAUGCUUGUGGGCUGCUGUAUGCCCGAUCAAUAAUAUCCAACCAACUUCGUGUGGAACUGCAAUGCUCAGUGCGAUUGCUGAUCUGUUGGGUGUGCUCCUGAUGCUCAAUUACCUAAUUUGUUCACCCCGCCACCCAGCGCUGCGGAACCCCGCCAAAGUGGUGGGCAGUGGUGGGGUACCUUACUCGUAGUGCAGUGGUUCCUGUUUUAUAAAAUUUUGUCAAUUCUGUACCUAUUUGCCAACCUACUUGCUACAGUGGUUGAGUUCAAGGAUAUAUACAUAGAGUACGCAAGCCCCAAACAGAGAGACAUGGCACCCGGCGAAGCGACUGUCCGCCAUGCAAGGCGGGAAGAUGUUCCCGACAUCCUCCAGCUGAUACGCGAGCUCGCCGACUACGAGCACGAGAUCGACAGCGUCGAGGCGACCGAGGAGAAGCUCCUCUCGACAAUAGCCUUCGCCCCCUCCCCUUCCGGUCCGACCUCGGACUCCCCAGAUCAGACCCCGGGCCUCCCCCAGACCGAGCCGACUUCCCCCGCUCGGCCCGCCCGCUGCCUGGUGCUGGCCAACGCCGGCGGCGAGACCGUCGGUAUUGCGCUGUACUUCUACAGCUACAGCACCUGGCGGGCGCGGCCUGGCAUCUUCCUCGAGGACCUGUUCGUGCGGCAGACGGAGCGGAACAACGGUUACGGGAAGCGCCUGCUGGUCGAGCUGGCGAAGGAGGUCGAGGCUAUGCGGGGCGGGCGUCUCGAGUGGAACGUGCUGAAGUGGAACGAGCCGAGCAUCAAGUUCUACGAGAGCAUUGGCGCCAAGGCGCUGGACGAGUGGGUGGGGAUGCGUGUCGACGGGGAGGCGCUGACCGGGUUGGCUCGACUCUUGGAUUGAUACCAUGACGGCUGAGGAGAGGAGACGAGGUAGUGAGGCUGCGGCUCCGGGGGCGAUAAGGGGUGUGUGUCGUGGUGUAAACAGGAUUGUAUGUCAACCGACUGGAGAUGGCUGCUUCUUCUGUCCCUUCGCCGGCGUCGCGGAAAGUCUGCCGUCCUUGGAGACUCCCUGGAAGAACUCUGCAUGGCCGGCUGUCGGCGGAGAGAGCUCCAGGCGUGCGUUCCCCCACUUGAUAUUCCACCCAUUGCCG